UUUCAGGAGAAUUUGGGAAGGUGAUCACUUAAUAUCAGGUGACCCGUAAGUGCUCUUCCAUAAAAAAAUCAUUUCUAGACAUUGUACUUAGAUGAACAGAAUAUUUUUAAAAUAAAGAAUAAAUUUAAUAGCGGUAGUAACGCUGUAUUCUCUCUUAAUUGUCUAAACAGUUACACAUAAAGACUAUUUUAAAUCAUUUCUGUUAAAGCAUCCUAUAUUUAGAAGCUGCGAGCCAAAGUUCUUGCGGCAACUGGUUGGCUGUCUACAGUUACAUACGCAUGUCAAAGGAAUGUACGUGGUGAAGGAGAAAGAGAUAACAGACAGUCUGUACAUUGUGCACACGGGCCGAGUGUUGGAGUCGACAGAGGAUCGCGAAACAACUCGCCUUUACUUCGCUGGAGAGACUUUCGGAACAAUAAAUGGCUUCGAACACAACUUACCUUACUCUCACACCUACGUAACUGUGCUUCAGUCUCAAAUUUUGACACUCUGUCUCAAAGAUUGGGAACAUCUGCUAGAUCAUUUUCCUAACAGUAGAGAUGUCAUUGAAAAAUCAUUUAUAAGGCACGAUGACAAGCCUGAUGACACAUCAGGCCAUCAUAGACGCAGGGUAACUAUUGUGAAUGAUAGACAAUCGUAUGAUAAUGGUACAGAUAUGCCAGAGCCUAAUAAUGCUACAUUGAAUAUCACUGAUCCCACAAUUAAACAUGAACAUGAAGUUACACAAGCUUUUAAUGCAAAAGAGCUAUUAAAUGCACCCGAAUCGCUAAAUGUAGUUGGUUUGAAUGACGAUCAACUAAUAAAUAAACUUGAUACUGGUCGUAGAAGAUCAUCUGAAACCCCCGAAGCAUUCAAUUAUGCGCUGCUCCUCAAUGAAGAAGAAGAAGCGACUGAGGCUCUUUUGGCUAAAAUUGAAAGCCCUGAAAAUAACGUACUGGAGAACAAUAUCAAUAGCACUGAACCUCCAGAAAACGAUUUGAAUAAACAAGAUCUCGAUUAUUCAGUUCAUUUGCAUAGUGUGGAUGAAUAUUUUAUGGAGAGAUAUGAACUUCCUCAUACGAGCUCACAAGCUGAUGACAUCGCAUCAGAGGAAUUAUCGAAUGAACCAACAUCCACGAUGAGGAUGAAGCAAGGUUUCCAUGUACGGUAUGGAGAAACAGACGAGACAGUAAGAAAAUCAUCUGAUGAAUACCACGAGCUAAAACCGAUACGCAUUCACUCAACGGAAUCAAGAGACGAUAAGACUUUAGACAGUGAUGUGUAUCCAAAUAAAAACACGGAUAUUGAUAUUUUGAGUAUAGCUUCAAACGACACCUAUGUAAGCGAGAGCCAAACUGACCAAGAGAAAGAUAAAAUCAUAAAAAAGAAAUUAAAAGAAGACUGAUUAAGUACUUCUUCUACUUUCUCACUAAUAGUCCGAUGUUUAGGAUAAUUAUUACAAUGUAGGUACAACCAAUAAUGAUACAUCAAGUAAAAUUAACAUAAUGAUAUUGUUAUGU